AUGAAAGCAUCUGGUUUAGGUUCUACAGGAACAUGGAACCCUGGUUCCUCCGGUACGGGUUCUACAGGUAUAACAAGUGAUCAAACUGAAAAUCCAGGUUCAUCUGGUACCGGUUCCACAGGAACUUGGAACCCAGGUUCUUCUGGUCCCAGUGGUCCCCCUGGGAAAGAUGGUCAAGAUAAAGGUGGUGGAACAGUUGACCAAAGUGGUGGAGCAGGUGGGGGGGCUCCACAUGCAAAGGGUCCAGGUAGUGCUUCCCCUGAAAGAUCCACCAGUCAGGGUCCUGAUCAAAGUGACCCUGGUCAACAGGGACAACAACCACAAGCACAAACAACAGAAGUGGUUGCAGCUGCUAAACCACAAAAGACGGUGCUCAAAGUUAAGGAAGUUAACUUCGUGGAUUCUUCCGUUCCUUACCUUCCUUUGGCUCCUAUUUUAAUUGGUCUUUCUUCUAUGACCUAUCUCCUUUGGAAGUAUUUUGCCCUACCUGGCAAAAGAAAACGUUAUAGAAGUGUUCCUCAAGUGUCUAGUCCUCCUUCUUUAGAAGAAGAACAACUCCUUGAUCGUGUGGACGACCAGGAUGAUGGUCCACAUGAAUAUACCUUAGUAAAGGAACACAAACAACCAAGAUCUGCACCCAAGGAAGGAAGAAUGAAGAGACCAAAAAAGCAAGGUGUUGAUAGCCCUGCUGGUCGUCGUGCUGUCGGUCGCCGCACCAUUAUUGAUAUUCAUUUAGAAGUCUUAGACGAAUGUCGAAAGGGGGACCUGCAUUUGACGAAGGAAGGCUUCCUUAAAAUAAUUGUAGAAGAAUUUAUGGGACCCCAAAUUAUAAAACAAGAAAAUGUUCCUAAGGAACGGGUUCUAAGUUCAGAUUCCGGGUUUGGGUUUGGUGUUCCUGAGGAACAGGUUCCAAGUUCAAAUUCUGGGUUUAGGGAGGAAGACUUUGUUCCUAAGGAAGAUGUUCCUAAGGAGCAGGUUCCAAGUUCAGGGUUUCUGGAUUAG